GAGAAUGAAUCCCCCAACCAAACAACCUAGGCAAAUAAACUACAUGUUGUCCUUGUAGCAACGACAUCCAACUUUUACACAGCAAAAAAUGUCGUUCCUAGAAAUAAACGACAGCAAGCUUUUGCCUCUCUCCAAGGCAUUGACAAAACGAGACCAACCGAUUCAAUUUUUCAGCCCUCACCAAAUCCUUUCAUUAAAAAAAGACCCUCAAUAAAUCAGACAUAAUCUCUUUGGACUUUGGACACAUCUCUCUUUCUCCUGCAUCUUCAACGUUGUUCACAAUGAAAGCAACGUUCAAGGGCAAGUACGACACAGACAAAAUCGGCGGCGCAGCCGCAACCUUCGCCGUCGGGGCCGGCGAUGUCAAGCUCAGAGCUUCCAUAACCGACGCCACCGUCGUUGGUGGCCCAAGCCUCAACGGCUUAGCUCUGGCUGUCGAGAAGCCUGGCCUCUUCAUCGUCGAUUACAACGUCCCCAAAAAGGAUAUUCGAUUUCAGUUCAUGAACACCGUUAGGGUUGCGGAGAAGCCGUUGAAUUUGACUUACAUUCACUUUAGAGGCGACAACAGGACUAUAUUAGACGGAAACCUCGUAAUCGAUCCGGCGAACAAGGUUUCGGCCAAUUACAUGCUCGGCACUGGGAAUUGCAAGCUGAAGUACACAUAUGUGCACAAUGGGGUUACAACGUUCGAGCCCUCCUAUGAUUUGGUCAAGAAUGCUUGGGACUUUGCUGUGUCAAGGAAGGUUUAUGGUGAUGAUGUGUGCAGGGCAACGUACCAGACGAGCGGCAAGGUUUUGGGGCUCGAGUGGUCGAGGAAUUCGAAAGUCAAUGGUUCUUUCAAGAUUUCAGCAACAUGCAACUUGGCCGAGGAAGUUAAGACGCCAAAAUUGACAGCUGAAAGCACGUGGGAUUUUGAGCUGUGAUUUUCUUAUAGUGGUUUUCGAAUUUUAUUUGCUUGUUACUUGUAUUCCAAUGAAUAAUUUCAAUGUUGAUGACUUUGAACAUCAUUAUCCCAUUGAUUAGUGUUUUCCUAUUAUUGAGCUGAUUCCCAUCUUAAUGGCCCAGCUCGGUAGCAUUGACUGUCAAAUUGCAGCUUCUCUUCUAAAA